CACACAAUGAACCGCAUUGCUUUCCUUGCAGCUCUUUUGAUCUUCACCAUCAUGGCUAUUGCCGCACCGGUUCAAAAGCGUAGAACCACCUAUUCUGGUCGUGGUACCUGGUUCACUCCUUCCGAUCCUAAGCAAGGCGGCGACAUGGGUGCUUGUGGUGGCCAUUUGGCAGAUGAUGCUAUGAUCAUCGCUUUGAACUUAAACCAGUACGGUAAUCAAAACAAGAAGAGCAAGUACUGUGGCAAAUAUGUGACCAUCACCGGUCCCCAUGGCACUGCUAAAGCCAAGGUCGCCGAUUGCUGUGCUUCAUGUCCCAGCAAAGGCCAAAUCGACAUGACUCAGGCACUCUUUAACAAAGUCGUUGGAAAAUCCUCCAUUGGCGUAGGUACUGUCCACUGGUACUUUGACUAAGAAAGUGCUUGGAUGGCUGUGCCAUCCCUCACUGUGCACAACAGUCAAUCUUUUAAGACGUCUCGGUUUUGCUGGCUCCUAUCUCUCUGAGAGAGAUUUUCAAACAAGACACGGUGCAUUUGGCUUACUAGCUGGCUAAUCUGGAUAGUUCACCCACCCAAAAAAAAAAAUUAAAAACAUCUCAAGGAAAAAGAUAAAGCUAGCCUCAAUUUUUGCCGUUACUUGACUUGAUCGUUCCAUUCACUUCUAUAACAUAUCGCCCUUGGUGUCCAUUCCUUUUCCAAAUGUAAUAUUAUCUUAUCCCCAUUUUCUGUUCAUACCAUUUCACACAAUACAGACCUCCUCUUUGCAUCAUUUGACAU